AACUCGUCCAGAUGAUAAUUUAGUCGUCUUAGUUCUGAGGCUGCAAUCCCUUCUUUUUUGUAGUCUAGGCGAUGGCCCUGCACGCCGCUAACUUUGUUCUCGAGGUCCUUAUUGAAGUGUACUCGAUUGAAUUGUCAAGGAGAUUGGCCAAGCUCGUUCACUAGUUGAGGGCCGCGUGUAAGAAUUGUAAAAUGGGUAAUAACAGUCCAAGCCGUCCUUAAGUCAAGUCCACAACUAGCCAGCAGCUCAAGCUACGGACUUUGUUUCCACGUGCCUUGUUCUUCUUAUUUUCUUCUCAGCUUUUGUCUCAAUGCGCCAAAGUCUCGGUCUUUGGGGAGGCCAAAUCAAGUGGCUCUCAUAGGUGCAUUGGGUUCAAAUAAUUCUCAAAGCAGCAUUGUUCUUAUCCUCUGCAUCCUCUUAAUUUACAUUUACCCUUCUCCUUGUUUUGUUCCAACACCAUCUCCCUUCGAAUGGAUCUUACCAUGUCAUAUACCUCUCUCUCCUUGCUCUUCAUCUUCUCCCUCCAUAUUCACUUCUUGGUGCCAGCUUCCAGCUACUUCAAGCCGUUCCGAGAGUGUGUUCCCUAUCGUUGUGGAGAUCAAGAAAUCAGCUAUCCUUUCAGGCAUAAUGAGCGACCGAGUUAUUGUGGGCAUCCAGGCUACGAGCUUGACUGUGAUGGAGGUAACCUGACCCUUCUGUCCAUGGCGUCCCUGGAGUAUCAGGUGAUCCACGUGGAUAGGAGCGAGCAUAUCCUUAAGGUGGCGAGGACGGAUUUAUUGAAAGAUAUAUGUCUUGCAGCACAUGUCAACACCACUUUAAACUUCAGUCUCUUCAACUACACUUCCGAUUACCUCAAUUCUGUCUUAUUCUACAAUUGCAACUCAUUGUCAACCCAUUUACCCUAUUGGUUCUCUUGUCCCACGUCUGGGGAUGGCUGCUUUGCUUUUGAUGCGGACCGUAAAAUCCACCUAUACGAGGUAUGCAACUUCAGUGUCUUCGUCCCAAUUUUACCAACUGAACGUCUGGGUCUACCAAUAUCGAAGGUCCACAAUAAUGCUACCAUUAAUCGUUCUAUUAUUAGAAAGAUCCUGAAAAAAGGCUUUGAGAUCACUUGGCUUGCCAAUACAUCUCUGUGCGAAAAUUGCACUAAAUCAGAGGGAAGAUGCGGGUAUGACUGGACAAGGCAAGAAUUCAAUUGUUUUUGCCCUGAUGCAGCCUAUCCGGCGACCUGCCACAUAACACCAAUACCGGCUAGUGUCCCUUCAAUACCGCCAGUACCAGCAAUCGUCCCUUCAAGUAUGUAUGCUUACUCUCAUCUAACAUGUGGUUUCCACUUAGCCAUAAGUUGUUCAAAGAGAAGAAUUGCUGGGCAUGUCCUUCCCUCAAACGAAGUGCAGUCAUCCUCAUUGUGACAUGCAUGAUUGUGUUACAAUUUAGACUUUUUAAGUCCUAAAACUUUAUCACUCCAUUCUCAAAAACCUUCCCCACGUUGAAUCAUUAGGUCAGUAUCUACAAACCCACGAGAUCUGACGGUUUAAAUGCGACAAGCAGAUAUGCUUUAAGUUUACUGUAAAAUCUCACAUCAUAGACAAGUAAUUUAAAUCAGAAACGUGUUAGCUGAUAAAUCAAUCAACCUAAAAUUUAGGUUUGACUUGUUCUUUACUUUCCCCAACAUGAACUCUUGACCCCUCAAAUGGGGUAGACUUUUUCCACAGUGAGAACCUUGAAAAAAGGUUUCACUUCUCAAUUUCGACUACAUAGGAAGAACUCCGGGGGAAAUUGCUUUGCAUCUUUCUUGGCCACUGUCUUCCUUGUCACUUCCACCCCCACACCUAGAAUCAACGUUCGAUAGCUGUUCUUUCUUUUUAUUUCCCUCCUUCACGAAAUAUUAUCAGACUGAAACCAAUGCCGGUCAAAGUCCACGCUCAGAGUAGCUUCCUCUAUUUUACUGAGGAAGUAACCGCAUCCAUCUCUUUCACACUUCAGUCCGAAGAAAGUAAGUAAAUAAAAAAAUAAUUUCUCCAUCCUCAGCUUGCCCCUCUGAAUUCCAAACCCUCAUUCCACAUGAUAUUCUCCAUCCAUGAGAGCAUGAACUUACUCAAAUGGGUGAUGCAGUCACUCUCCUUCUCUCCUUCCCUUCACACUCCAUCCUCGUCUUCGUCCUCGUCGUCCUCAUCUUUCGCAAGUUCUUUUAUGUGAGGGAGACGACGAUGUCCACUAUACUGACUGCCGCAGCUCAAGUCUUAUUUUCAACUUAAGGCCUGAGCAAUUUCUGUCAUGAAAAAGAUGGCAAGCUAUUGCUUCCAAACUAAAGAUCCACUGUAGGUCAUAAUCAUCGUAAAUCACAAGAGAUGGACCUGAUUCGGCUUGGCCGAGUAGUCACAGUCCUUUUGACCUACUGAUUUUACCCAAGUUGCAGUUUGAGCUGACGAUAUCACCAGUCAAAUCAGUUCAGAAAACAUAACUAAGCAAAGUUCAGAGAAAUCGUCCAGAUGAAGUUUAGCUGCCUCAGUUCUGAGGCUCCGAUCCCUUCUGUUCUCCAGUCUAGGCGAUGGCCCUGCUUCUGUCUAGAACACUGCAAACGACGUUCUUGAGGUCCUUAUUGGAGUUUCCUCAAAGUGAAUCGUGAAGGAGAUUGGCAAAGCUCGUUGAUUAGUCAGGGGUUGUAGAUAGGAAUGGUAAAAUGGGGAAUACUAGUCCAAGUCGUCCCACAAGUCAAGUUUACAAUUAACCAGCAGCUCAAGCUACUCGGCUUUGUUUCCACAGGCCUUGUUCUCCUUCUUUUCUUCUCAGCCUUUGUCUCACUGCGCCAAAGUCUUGGUCUUUCGGGACAUCAAGACGGAAGGUUCUCGUUAGUGCAUUCGGUCAAGUCAUUCGUUCAAAAAGCAGCAUUAUUCUGAUCCCCUGCAUCCUCUUUCCUUUAUAUGUAGUACCCUCCUUUUGC